AUGUUCAAAAAAUCAAAGAGGACGCAGAUUCGGCAGCGAAUUCGCUCCGAGUCUGAGGAGGAGGAGGAAGAAGGGAAAACGGAAACGAGUGAGCCGCCAAAACAAGAUGAAAAACAUGAAAACACCGGCGUCUCUUCACUCUUGAAGAAGCAAACCGAAGCGGACUUCAAGUCGUUUGAUAGCCUGACGCAGAGCAAUGAAAACAGUCAGCAAAGUACUGAUGACAACAACAGCGGCAGUGGCAGCGGCAAUGGAAGUUUGUUCGGUAAACAACAGGCUGCUGCUGCCAAAAAGAAAACCGCCGCGUUGAGCUUUCUGCACCAUGAGGAUGAAGAGGAAGUGGAAGGUAAGUUUUCUGGGCCUAAAAGAGUGAAGCUUUGUACUUACGUUUUUCACCCAUUUUUNAGUCAGCAAAGUACUGAUGACAACAACAGCGGCAGUGGCAGCGGCAAUGGAAGUUUGUUCGGUAAACAACAGGCUGCUGCUGCCAAAAAGAAAACCGCCGCGUUGAGCUUUCUGCACCAUGAGGAUGAAGAGGAAGUGGAAGAUGUAUUCAAAGUCAAAAAGUCGGCGUACAGCAAGCGAAUGGAGCGAAACAAGCUGAAGAGUCUCAAGAGCAGGCACCUCAAUCCUAGCUAUAAAGACAAAUCAGAAGCAAACGGGAGCGGAAUAAGGCCGGAUAACCAAACUUCCAAUCGUCCCUCUUUGAGUAAGGCUUCUACUUUAGGUUUUCUGACUCUAAACUCAUCGAAACUUCUUUCAAAAGCCUAUGAAGACAAUACAGGAGAAGGCAGCAGCAGCAAAACUGCAGAAGCAGAGGCGGCUUUUACUGAAGAGGACAUUGUCAUCUGCCCAGGCAGCGAUGAGGAUGAGGACGAGCUUGAGGAGGAGAUUCGGUUCAUGUCAAAGUCCUCACGUCGGCCACCACCUGCUGCCUCGAAAGCAGCAAAAUCAGCAUCGUCAGUUGGUGGUGGCAGCGGUGAUCAGGUGCACAACUUUCGAAAUGCCGUCGAGCGGGGCACCAUUCCCGACGCCAAGGUGAUCUACGAGCUGAAGAAGCAGCGGCAGAAGCUGGCGAGGUCGAGGGCUGCCGAUGACUUUAUUCCACUCAACUCGGACGACGAGGAGACGCUUCGACAGGAGGCCAACCUUCUUGGCGGAAGUGGAAAAGGAGAUGAGGCGGGCGAGGAGGGCGACAUGGACAUGGAUGAAGAUGACGAUGACGAUGAGGAGGAGGGGGAAGAGCGAAUUCAGUUCGGCAAGGUCGACUACAAAACAAAAGAACGCGAACGGGCAAAGGAGGCCUUUAGAAUGGCGCAGGAGGAGACGGCCGAACAGCAGCAACUUCAAAGGCGGACGAAGAAGGUCAGCGACGAUGAGGACUACAGCAGCGACGAGGAGGACUACAGCAGCGAUCAUGAAAAUAAGACAAAGAGAAAUGGCCUUAAAAUCCCCGCCGCAAGCAAAGAUGACAUCUCCGAUUCAGACUCUGCGAGCGAGCUGGACCGCUGGGAGCAGGAGCAGAUUCGAAAGGCGGUCUGCCUGCCUUCGUUGGCCGCCUUCAAUGAGACGGAGUUUGCCAACCGAUAUCUCCAACAGCAGCCAACUUCAACAGGCAACAAAGCAGCGCAGAAAACCACAGCUGCGGCCAGGGUCGUCGACAACCACAGCGUCGUGCCGAUUGAGAUUGACGGCGAGGAUGAGGAGGGCAGCUCGACGAGGCG